AUGGGGCUUCUAUUUCGAAGUCUCGCGAUGCUUUUCAUUGUGAUAUGGUUCUCACGGCUGCCUGAUCUUUCUGCACAAUCUUCAAGAGGCUCACCGCGUGCUCUUGAUGCUCUUCUUCAAGAUUAUGCUUACAGGGCUUUUGUUCAUCCAAAGACCGGUGUUACCUUUAAUGGUCAGGUUCCCUUGAAUUUGACUGGAAUUCAGAUUGCAGCUAUGAGGCUCAGGAGUGGUAGCUUGUACAGAAGAGGUGUUGCGAUGUACAAAGAGUUUGAGAUCCCCCAGGAUGUCAGUGAGAGUCCAUAUGUGGAGAGGCUUGUUUUGGUGUACCAAAACUUAGGCAAUUGGUCAAUGGUGUAUUACCCAUUACCUGGUUACUCUUACUUAGCUCCAGUGCUCGGUCUUCUUGCUUAUAGUGCUAGCAACUUAUCAGCCACAAAUUUGCCAGAAUUGAAUAUCAGGGCAUCUGGUGAUCCCAUAAAAAUCAAAUUUCAGGAUGUGAAACCGACCCCUGCAGGGACCGUGGCAAAGUGCGUUUCGUUUGAUUUGGAUGGUUCAGUCAAUUUCAGCAAUGUGGCAUCAGGCAAUAUAUGCUCAACAAUCCAACAGGGGCACUUCUCUAUAGCGGUCAAGUCCGUUGCUCCUUCUCCAGCACCAGUUUCUCCUAGUCCUACCCCAAAUGUAACCCCAAGGCCUAGUGCUGGAAAGAAGAAGAAUAAUUCAAAAGUGUGGAUAAUUGUUGGGUCUGUGCUGGGUGGAUUAGCAUUGCUGGGAUUGUUGUUCUUCCUAGUACUUUGGGCGUAUAAGUACAGGGAAAAGAAGAGUUUGCAACAGAUGGAGAAGGCUGCAGAUGUAGGAGAAGCCUUGCAUAUGACCUCAGUUGGAGAUACAAAAGCACCUGCAGCAACAUUUACUCGAACACAACCGACCAUCGAGAGUGAAUAUGUUCCUUGA